CAAGAAAAGUUUGUUUUCGCUUCUUGGCGCCGGCUUCGGAGAGCGUAGAUAUAGAGGAGAAAUGGUCGAUUUUUACCAAGCCAUACCUAAAAUUGAGCUGCAUGCACAUCUUAACGGUUCGCUGAGUAACCGUGCGCUUGCAGAGUUGCGCGAGUUAAAGUACGGUACGGAUCGGAAGGAUGAUGGUGAUGAUGGGUUCUACAAGAUCCUUAAUGGCCAACUACUGUCCCUGGAGGAAUGCUUUCAAAAGUUCCGCUAUGCUCACGAUUUGACCGAUCGGCGUGAAUCGCUCGAGCUGGCAACAAGGCGCGUAGUAGAGGAAUUUGCGCGUGAUAACGUAGUGUACCUGGAGCUACGAACCACACCAAAAUCGACGGGGAACAUGUCCAAACGCGAGUAUUUGACUACCGUACUAGACGUUCUGCGAAAGGUGCCAGAGCAUCAGGCUAGCAUUUUGGUCAAACUGCUUCCCUCGAUAGAUCGGUCAAAGGGCGUGCUAGAGGGUGAGGAAAACGUUACCCUUGCCAUCGAACUCGCAGCCCUCUAUCCGGGGCUGAUCGUUGGACUUGACCUGAGUGGCAAUCCAUUUGGAACUAAAUUUGGAGAUUUCGUGCCAUCGUUGCGUCGAGCUCGCGAUCACGGAUUCCGGCUCGCGUUGCACUGUGGCGAGUUUGAUGAUGAGCAGGAAGUGAAGGAAAUGUUUGCGCUCGGUGUUGAUCGCAUCGGUCAUGGCACUUUCAUUACCGGAGGAAAUCUCGAUUUAGCUACCAGAUAUCGAAUUCCGUUCGAAUGUUGUUUGACGAGCAACGUAAAAUGCAAAACGGUGCCAUCCUAUGAAGAUCAUCACUUUGGGAAGCUGUUGCAGCUACAACAACCGGUGUGCAUCUGCACUGACGAUUUCGGUGUGUUCGAAACCAGCCUUUCGCGUGAGCUGGAAAUCUGUGCCAAAACAUUUAGUCUAUCAAACAAGGAAGUUCUGGAACUGCAGCUGAAAGCAAUUGAUUAUACGUUUGCCAGCAAUGAUGAAAAAGAGCGACUACGUGCAACGUUGCGGAAUUUCGAAACUCAAAUGACAUGAUUUAAUCAUGUUAAAACUAUGCUUUGGGUUCGGCGAUUUAGUUCAAAAUGUGCGAAAUGUGUUGGUUGAUUAAUUCUGGCCUUCGACAACAUUGCCAGAAGAUGAAAUUAGUAACACUACGACGAACGAACAUACCAAAAUUAAUUUGCUUAAUAA